AGGCUGCUGCCGUCUCAGUCUAGCCCCCCCCCGUACCAACCCACAGCCCCUCACUCCAAAGCGAAGAGAAGGGAGCAUCCUUCUCUUCGCUUGCAGAGGACGUCCGCUGCAUUCACCUGUCGAAUGGACCGUCUGCAUUUGUAGGUCAUGGGCACGCUUCGAGACCUUCAGUUCGCCUUGCAGCUAAAAAUUGAGGAGCUCCGUCAAAGGGACGCCUUGAUAGACGAGCUAGAAUUGGAGCUCGACACCAAAGAUGAACUCAUUCGGAGACUUCAAGAGGAGCUGGAUCGAUACAGAGCUUCGGUGGUCUUGCCGGGACCUUCUCCGGCCGGCUGCUCAACUCAAGGUGAAGACCUUUUGCGAAUUGCCAACAGGAAGACAAUCAUUUCAGAAUCCUUCACUCCUGAUUCAGUCAAUCCGGACACCUUGUGUGACAAAAACCCGGAAUGUCAGAAAUUGAUUCAAUCCGCUUUUUUGAAGAGCGACUUGUUGCAGAACCUGGACGAAGAUGAAACGAGAGCCGUGAUGCCCUGCUUACGGCUCAUAGCCGUUCACCGUGGUUUCUGCGUGAUCCAGGAAGGGACUUUUGGAUCGCAGGCUUAUGUUGUGCAAGAAGGGAGACUGGAUGUGACCAAAGAUGGACAGAAAUUGCUAACGAUGGAAGUGGGGGAUGUGUUCGGAGAGGUGGCGCUGCUCUACGACUGCAAACAAAUCUACUCUGUCACAGCCCAGUUGGAAAGCAAGCUGUGGGUUAUUGAGCGCAAGACUUACCAGACAGUGCUCAUGCGGAGCGGCCAAGAUGGCCUUGCACGUACGUCGGCGCUGCUGAGCAGUGUACCCUCUCUGCUGUCCUUGCCAAAGGACGCCAUCAUGAAGAUGUGUGAUCUCAUGGAAGAGGCUCACUACACUCAAGGCGACUACAUCAUUCGACAAGGCGCCCCUGGGGACACCUUUUAUAUCAUUAACAAAGGCCAGGUGAUAGUCACCGAAAAGAAGCCGGGUGAUGAAGAGCAAGUCGUUUCCGAGCUUUCGGAACGGCAGUGGUUUGGAGAAAAAGCUUUGUGGGGAGAGGAUGUACGCGCUGGGAAUGUGAUUGCGGCUAGCGACGUCGUGUGUCUCCUCAUUGACAGAGAGACUUUUAGAGACAUCAUUGGAGGGAUGGUUUUUGAAAGUAGUCCAGAGGUGCAACAAAACACUAAAUGCAAAGAGGAGACAGAAGACAAGGAUGCUGCCUUUCUCUCAUCUUCCACCUUAAGUGAUUUCCAGAUCAUCAGCACUUUAGGAGCAGGGACGUUCGGACACACAGACUUGGUGCAACUCAAGAGCAACAUCAAGGGUCUUUUUGCCAUGAGGGUCCUUGACAAGAAGGCAAUUAUCCAAAACAACCUGAGAGAGAAUAUUCUGAGAGAGCGAAACAUACUCAUGGAUUCCUCGUGUCCAUUCCUUGUCAGGUUGCACAGAACCUUCCGUGAUGACGAACGCCUCUAUAUGCUGACGGAGGCUUGUCUCCAUGGCGAUCUUUACAGCUUGCUCAAAGACAAAGUCUGCCUGGACGAGAGCAGCACCAAAUUCUUCACGGCUUGCGUGACGCAGGCCUUGACCUUUCUUCAUGCUCGAAAUGUCAUCUAUAGAGACGUCAAGCCUGAAAAUGUUUUGCUGGAUGAGCGAGGAUAUGCAAAACUGAAAGGAUCCACAUGUUUAAAGAAGAUUGAAGUGGGGAAGAAGACGUACACCUUGUGUGGCACUCCGGGCUACAUGGCUCCGGAAGUCAUCUACAACAAAGGCCAUAGUGUCGCGGCAGACUUCUGGUCUUUGGGGGUUUUUGUGUUUGAGCUUCUGACAGGCGGGCUUCCGUUCAACAGCAUUGACCCAAUGAGGCUCCUUAGCGAGACCACGCGUGGCAUUGAUAACAUCGACUUCCCCAAAGCAAUCAGCAAGAGUGCUUCUAGUCUCAUCAAGAAACUGUGCAGGCACAAUCCCUCGGAGAGGCUGGGUAGUCGAAGAAAUGGGGCCAAGGACAUUCAGAAGCACAAAUGGUUUGAAGGAUUCAACUGGGAUGGACUAAGUCGAGGAACACUAAAUCCACCAUUCAGCCCCAAAGUUAAACACAUUUGGAACAACGGCGGUACAUAUGCUAAUUAUAAUGGAAACACACUUGAGCUAUGCGAAACAUGGGAGGAUUUCUGAUGGAUAAGCUUCAUUUAGGUUUGUCGGGAAAAGAAAUCACUGCCUGGCAGGAGGAACCUAUUAUAUUUGAUAUUAUCAGCCGUUAUUGUCUGACAACGAGCAUGUGCUUGUCUCCAAAGAGCACAAUAUAUUAUU